AUGAAUCGAAUUAUUCCACUCGUUUUCUUAAUUAUCACAUUUGCUGUAGUUUUGCUUGGCAAGCAACGUUUAAUUUCAGUUUCCGUUAAUCACGAAAUCGUUAACGUUGCUGAUAAAGAUGACUGUAAUAAUUUACGUUUAAUUCAGACUGAUGAAGAUGAGCCCGCAGAAUGGAUGACUGAGAAAGAGGUCUGGAAAUUGCUUAGGAAAGGAACAAAGUUUAUGGAUAUUACGGAUAACGAAGAUUUAGGAACGGUGGUGAAAUCAAAGAGUUCCCGUCAAUUUCCAAUCAAACCUUCAUACCAGAAAGAAGUGUCUCAUUACAAAGAGAAGCUUUCAACUAAAUAUAUGAAAGAAUCAUUAAAAAACUUCACAUCGUUUCAUAACCGAUAUUAUCGUUCGGCACAUGGUGCAGCCUCUUCGAUUUGGCUAUAUAAAGAAAUUAAACGUAUUGCCGAUAGAGCCGAUGAUUAUGUCCGAAUAUCCGUGAGAAAGUUCAAACACAAAUGGGUUCAAAUUUCAAUAAUCGCAAGAUUCGAAGGAAGUGAUCGUAACAAGGAGGAUCAAGUUGUCAUUAUCGGUGCUCAUCAAGAUUCAGUUAAUAUGUGGAUGCCAACUAAUGGACGUUCCCCCGGUGCUGACGAUGACGGAAGUGGCACUACUACCAUUCUUGAAGCCUUUAGGGUGUUGGUCGAAGGUGGUUUUAAGCCUCAUUUACCAGUCGAAUUUCAUUGGUAUUCAGCCGAAGAAGCUGGUUUAUUGGGCUCACAGGCAAUCGCUAAAAAGUACGAGCGUCAACAUAAAGAUGUCAUUGCAAUGUUACAGAAUGAUAUGACAGGCUAUGUUGGAAACCGUCAAGAAUCUUUUGGCAUCGUAACUGAUCAUGUGGACCGAAAUUUGACUGAUUUUGUAAAAAGUCUUAUUGACGAGUACACCGACAUUCCUUGGGCUAAUACGAAAUGCGGAUACGCAUGUUCGGAUCAUGCUUCAUGGCGUAAAGCAGGAUAUCCUUCUGCGUUUGUAAUUGAAAGUAAGAUUGACUAUAACAAUCCGUAUAUUCAUACUGUUAAAGAUACUAUUGACCUUCUUAAUUUCAACCAUAUGUUGGAGUUUUCAAAGUUGGCGGUCGGUUUCGCUGUCGAGUUGAGCCAUAUUGAUGAAUCUGAAAAAAUAUAA